AAUCUCGAUAUUCCGCCAAACAUGGCGUUGGUGGCCAUGCUUCUUCGCAGAGCCAGGUGCUCGACUGGUCUUCCUCCAGUGAUCCCCGCUCUUGGGGCCCGGAGAACCUUCCAGAGUGUCGUCCGCGCGAUGCUCUGUUCCGGAAAGCAGAGUCCAGCGCAAGGGAUCAAUAGCGCUGGUAGUGGUUUCCGUCGUCCAAUCCUUGGAUUCGCAACUGCUUCCGUCGCAGAACCAACCGCCGACGAGAAUCUGGUUGGGGAUUUCGUGACAGUACCAAGCGCCCAAGAGAAUCUGGUUCGGGCUCUCGAGAGCAGAAUCGACAGCGCCGGGUUGCCUAAGUUUCCCGGCGAAUUCCCGUUUGAUAUCAAAAGGUACCCGGAGAGACUAGUUCUAAAGAGAACGUUUCACGAGGAAAUCGUCAGAAUCGAAGUCAAUUUGUUGUAUGAAGUUGAAAUUGGGCGCAUCCCCAUGCUGGUCACCAUUACCAAAACCAAAACCAGGAAUAGGCAGUGGUUGGAGUUUCGUCUCACGGCUUCCCCUCACGAGUUCACAAUAGAGAGCUUAUCAGUAAGAGAAUCUGAGCCACCAGCUUCGAAAGAAGAACCUUUCUUCCAAAACCCUGAUUUCAGGCAAGUAAUUCUCACGCUGAUACCACUAAUGAGAAUGUAAAAAGUGUUGGAUUGUACUCUGUAAUUGGACAUGUGGGUACGUUUGUUUCCUCUUUGGCAGUGAGCUGGAUUGCAACACGCAGAAAGCUUUCUGCGACUAUUUGGAAGCUAAAGGGAUCAAACCCAACACACUUAACUUCUUGUUCCAAUGCGUGGCUAACAAGGACAAGAGAGAAUGCCCCAUAUGGUUGAACAAAGUCAAGAACUUUGUGGAGAAGUGAGACCAGUCAUCCUCUGGUGAAGCUGGGCAAAAGAAGAUACCACUUUUAAUCAAUUCGCAGCUACUUAGCAGUUCACAUCUCCAUUGUAUAAAUCUGAGAGGGGGACUUUCUUCUUCUUUAUUGUUUUUGGUUUUUUGGUACAGGUAGUUACAGUUUGCCAUGCUUAAAUAUGUUCCAAGUCAUUAGCACAUUUGGCAAUGGUAUUUGAGAGAAAAUAUUAUGUAGAAUCUAAUUUACUCUUCAGAAUCUAGUAGUCCGUGACUCUCCGUGUCCAGCCACCGGCACUGGAAUCCCUACGUUGGAUUCUUGUUCUGGUAUAAAUUUGUUGGUGUAUGAAUAUUUGUUGGAGGUUUGUGAUAUAUAAUUUUUAUUGGUAUGGAUUA